UGUGAUGGUAACCCUCGUAGUGUCAGCUCUAUCGGUUGUGUAAUUCACCCUCGACUCGCGGUUCGAUAGUCAUCGUCGCUGGAAAAUCGUCAUUCAGGGAUAAAUUAGUCGUCGAGGAUUAAAAUUAUUGAUGCUAAAAGUAUGUUGGGCAGAAAGUUAGAGGGGAUGUUGUUUGAUAUAAUUAUUCUAAGGUCGAUAUUUAGACACUUUUUGACACUUUGAAUAUAAUUUGUAAUAUCGUCAUAAAUUGGGGAAUAAAAAGAGUAUCAUAUAAAAAAUUAGAAUCGUUAAGAGGAGAUAAUCCGUAAUUCUGACUAGCUUAAAUUUUUAUAAGAAUUCCUUCAAUAAAUCCUUUGCAUAAAUUGAAUGUGAAAUAAAUGAAUGCUGAAGAGAUAUUUAAGUACUCAAUACCAUUUCUAAAAAAAAUUUCAAAGGAUAAUAAAUUUAUAAGUAGCUAGAUUACCGGAUUCACUUUAUUAACAAUUAAAAAAUAAUCGUUCAUAUAGUAUAACUUCAAUAGAAUAUGAAUCACUCAAACGCGAAUGAAAAUUACUUAGCAGAGAAUGAAUUCGUAAUGCUACAUCGCAUGGGAAGUUGAUCGACAAAUGAUCAAAGUAUAAGACUGAUGCCUCGAACCAUUGAUCGAACCGGGGAAUUACGGGUUGUUAGUCCGGAAGUUUCGUAACAAAGACUGUGAACUUGACAUCCGAAAGGCUGACCUUUCAUCAAACGACGUAAUAUCGCGAUCGAGCGGUUUUAUUCGUGGUUAGACCAGCGACACGAACUUGCAAUCUGAAUGAAAUUUAAAUCGUGCACGUGUUGAGCCUCGCAUUAUUACCGUAACGAGUAAUGGGCCACAAAUUAGAAAGGUGGUACUUGCGACCUCACGGACUAUGAAUACCGAACGGAACGUACCUAAUGAAACGAAAGAGAACAUGCGAAACGAUGAAACGCAAGGAGCAGAAAAAGAAGCAAUUGAAAAAUACGUCGACUCGGUCCAAACAGCUGGAAGCCCGUGGAGUCUCCAUGGACAUGGAAACGUCCUGGGCAGCUCAAGAGCUGACAACUGUCUAUACCAAUCUAAAUGACAUGGCUCGCUUCCAGCAGAAGCAGCUGCAGGAGAAGGAGCAGAAGCUGUUGCAGUUGUACGAUCAACAGCAGCAACGCGCUUAUCAGGUGGUGCAACGAGCCAGCGCCGGUUCAAACGGGUCGAGUCACACCGCCAUCAGCAGUCAGCACACCGUCACAAGGACCUCGACCAGCAGCCAUACAACCCCGACCUCGCAUGGUGGAAAGGUGAGGCAGAUGUUCGACGAAAGACGACAAACGGUAAAGGGCAUCGAUAGGAGCUACCCGCUGGAGCCGUUGGAGAACAAACCGCGGAAGCAGACGCACGUCGGCGGUGGGCAGAGGAACGGAAAUUUGACGGUGAACCGACAGUCCGUGACGGUGAGGCGAGUGGCCCGAGCCGAUGUGAAUAGUAAUCUGAACGGCGGGAAACCGGUCGUCUCGUAUCACGAGGAGAUCACCAGGGAAUCUUACGGGCCGUCCGUUCGCCAGCUCCAAGACGAUGACGAAUUUGGGAACGAAAACCGCAUCGGGCAAUAUACGAACGGAAACGAGACACGUAUCGAGGAAAUUGGGGAGCAGGAGGCGAUGGAGAGGAAUCGCAUGAUGGCAAAACUUCAUCUGAUGGAGUACGACGAUACGCUGAAGCACCGCGUUAAAAACGACCUCGAGAGCGAGGAAUUCCCGGCGGACUACAUGGUGGAUGUUCCUGACAAGCUUCCGAAACAAACUGUUGCCAAGAAGCUGUCCCAAGCCGAGGCGAGGUUGGAACGCUUUAAAAACGCCAACGCGAAACGUGCUAACAGCGUUGCGAAGGCCACCCUCACGAAGAAACGAUCCGAGCCAAUACAUCCAUCGAAGUCUGCUUCCAGCGAAUACCGUGCGAUCAAGACUAGGACGCAGCUAUUAGACAGAGCAUCCAGCAGCAGGAAAGAGAAUCCUGGGCAUGCAAAAUCGAGGACUUCUAAGAGUAUAGAAGAGAUAUUAUCAUCGGAUUCUGAGAAGAACGCGAAACAAACCAGUCCUCGGUUCUUUUGUCGAGAGUCCGAGAAAUCCGCCACGAGUUACGCGAUUGAUGCGAAAACUGUUGCGGUAUUAUCAUCCGAUACAACAAAGGGUAGAGUACGGAGGAGCGAGAGUCCCUUUUCUAAAGAAUCAGAAAAAUCUGCGACUACGUACACCGUCGAUUCGAAGAACAUUAAGAAAUCAUCGCCAGGAUUGUUGAAUCGUGAAAAAUCGAGAAGCCAAAGUCCCAAAUUCUUUUGCAAAGAAUCAGAAAAAUCUGCUACCACAUAUGCAAUCGACUCAAAAACUGCGAAAAGAUUUUCUCCCGAAUUAUCUACCGAUAGAAUACGCAGAAGCGAGAGUCCCAAAUUUUUUUGCAAAGAAUCAGAGAAAUCUGCUACCACAUAUGCUAUCGAUUCAAAAACUGCGAAAAGAUUUUCUCCCGAAUUAUCUACCGAUAGAAUACGCCGAAGCGAUAGUCCCAAAUUUUUUUGCAAAGAAUCAGAGAAAUCUGCUACCACAUAUGCUAUCGAUUCAAAAACUGCAAAAAGAUUUUCUCCCGAAUUAUCUACCGAUAGAAUACGCAGAAGCGAGAGUCCUAAAUUCUUUUGCAAAGAAUCAGAGAAGUCGGCCACUUCUUACGCAAUUGAUUCGAAGACUGCAAGGAAAUUUUCACCUGAGCUUUCGAAGGACGUUAAAAAACGAAGCGACAGUCCUAAAUUUUUCCGUAGGGAAUCUGAGAAAUCUGCUACCACUUACACUAUAGAUUCAAGAAGUCGUUCAACGUCGCCAGAUUAUAUGAGAGCCACAGAGAGUUCCCUUUUAAAAUUAGAAACUAAAAAUAAAAAGAAUAUACUUAACAAUGUGAUAAAAGAAUCGGUGGGUAUCGACACAGUGGAUCCACAUAUAAAAUCUUCUUCGACUUCAGAAAGUCCGAAGUAUGAUAGAAUAAAUAAAACGCAAAGUCAAAAGAAACCCCUUAAUGCUUUCGAACGUCUAAAAAGAGAACGUAGCUCGAGUCCUCAGUUCUUCUGUCGCGAAGGUAGAAGGUCAGCAACGACAAUGAGCAUCGAUAGCAAAAAUAUAAGAUCCAAAUCAGAUUCUAGCGAUACACGAAUAAAGAAGCAUGAUGAACGUGAAGUUGUUAAAUCAAAAUCGCCGGAUGUCAAAUCCUUAAGAAAAUCCAACAUUAGUCCAGAAUUUUUCACAUCAGAUUCGGAAAGAUCCGCCACGAUCAUAAUCGUGAAACCCGAGACGAUUACGAAACAGAAAACGGAGACAGAAUUAGGAAACGCUGAACUGAGAACUCCCAGUCCUGCCAAAACUGUUAUAACUCCAAUGACGGAACGAAGGAGAGAAACGUCCGAGGUAAGCGACAACGAGAGCUCGAAACGUUUGAUACGUAGCUCGGUGUCGCGAUUUUUUUCCGAGAAGUAUGAGAAAGCGCUGAGAGACGCGAACGUCGAUGACAGGAGCGACGGGAACGUUCGUUUGUCACGCGACUCGUCUCCGUUGUCGUUGAGAGACUUGCGAACACCCAGCCCAUCGACAUCCUAUCGCGGCGGAGUCAAGACGCUUGACGGGUCUACUGACAGAAGCAGCAGUCGCGCCUCGUCACCGAAAUCGCGGAAAAAUGCAGGCAGCAGGGGAGAAACACCGGAAUUUUACUGUUACGAGACGAGAAAAUCAGCCACGACAGUCAGCUUGAAACCUAAAAACGUGACGAAAGGACGUUCCAAGAGUUUGGGACUGAUUGAACGGAAAGUUACCGCGGUACCUUCUGCAAAACGCAGAAGCCCGACCAAUCAACUGAAGAAUGGAUCGUCGAGGAGCCAGAGGGGCACCGAAGCGUCGGAUCGCAGAGGAUCCAGCAACGUCCUACGGUCGAUCAAACUGAUCCGCGACGCUAUGAAGCGCCAGACCGACAGAAAUCAGGCCGAUUAUGCUUGGAAGAAGCGCGCGAGGGAGUCUCGGAGUUCUUCGGCCGCGAGCGGAAUAUCAAGCGACUCGAAGCUGCGAUUGAAAUCGUGCGAGGCGAGGAAGGAAAUCGGGACGGGUGGAAAAGUUGACGGGGCCUCGCCUCGCGAACUUCGGGUCGCCGAAUCGAAUCCCGAAAGUUCCGCAGAAGUGGACACGGAGAGUCUGGAAAUCACGAUACCCGAUCAGUACAUAAAACAGGAGCAGCUUCGAGGCACUUACUCGAAGUCGGUCGAUAAGACAGUGGAUGGUGGAAAAUCGAGUGUAGGGAAACUCUUCACGUAUUCCGUACGGAAGCCGGUUAAAAAAAGGAGGUCUCUGUUCGAUUCGAAAGUAUUAGAGCCGUCGGGAAUAAAAGAUAGCCAAGGGGCGUGCGAUCAGAGGAAGACCGAUGUGAAACGCGAACCGUGGAGCAGUCCUUCUCCGACUAAUCUCGUCGCUCGUGGUUUCAAACGUCAAACGGAGAAGAAUACGACGAGUAGAACGAAAGAGAAAAAAUUCUCAAGAUUUAGAGAGCAAACAUCAACACAAUUGAAACAGAAAGAUAUUCGGAAAACGUUUGGUAAUCUGAAGCAGGUAAUACGCGAUGCGUGGAGCAGCAGCCCGUCACCGACGAACGAGUCGAUCAUUCAGGAAUCAAAACGUCGGGCAGGAAAUAUAAUAAACCGGAGAAAUGAAAGUGAAAUGAUUAAAUCUUGUGAGCGAACACAGAGUCCGAUCCAACGAAAAGCGAGAGGGACGAUUAUAGAUGAACCGAAGGUGCAGCGAACGUCUGGACAGGUUCAAAUCUUGAAAUCGAUGGAGCUCGUUCAACGAGCUAUGGGAAAGUCAAGCGUCGAGAAAAGGAAAUCUUCGGAAAGGGCAUAUGAAACAAUUUCUGAUGGUAUUGUUAAAGAAAAGCGUGCCGAAGUCAAGAGACGGGGCUCCAGUUCGUCGACGAUCGUUUCGAUAAAGGGUGGUGCGUCGUUCUGUAAGGAUUACGGGAGAACAGACUCGGUAGAAUCGGCGUUAAGACGAUUCGAUUCUAUCGGAACAGAAGGUGACUCGGAAUCGAUGCGAAGCACCCUGGAACGAAACAAGAAAUCGAUGACUGAGAAAAAACAGACGAAACCGAAGCCGAUUUCCUUGAAAGCACUCGAUCGACCGAGCAGGAACCUCUCCGUUAGUCCUGAGAGCAAGCCGUCCAGCACGUCCUCUUCUAGAAGAACUUCAGUUUCACCCGAGAACAGAGCGCGGGAGAAAAUGUUCGGGCAGAAAAAAUUCGCAGCGGCGAGGGACUCUUUGGAGAUCGCUAGAAUCGCGAUUAGGUCCAAGUCGCCUGCGUGCAAGCGGAAGCUCUUCCAGGGCGACGAUUCUGAGGCUGAAAGCUCGAAAUACAGUUUCGGGCGUCUCUCGCCGAGGUCCAAUAAAAGUGUAACACCGGAAUCGUUGAGAAGCGCGAGCCCUUCCAAAUCAAUUAUUGGCGAUCAUCGAUCAUCAACAAUAGACACGGGAAAAAUCGAUGAAACAGCAGUAAGCGACGAUCACUCGUUGUCAGUAAAACCGCUGAGAUCAAUAGAAGACAUUCGUAAAUCUAUCAAUGGCGAAAGUUGUAAUCGCGACGCGAAGGGAACGAGAAAGUCGGCAAUCGCAAGCAACGCGUCGAGACGAAUAAAUAUCGAUGAUCGCGCUGGACGUAAGAAAGAUAUAUCUUCGCGGUCGGGGAAGAUCGUCGUGAAGAACGCGGACCCUUCGUCUGUAAAAUGUGCGAUGCGUUUCUCUAGGGUCGUGAAAAGUCCGAGUCCAGAGGCGACCAAAGAAACGAGCACCCGUGCGAGGAGAAACGUUCCGGCGUCGCCGUCGAAAAGCCCGGAUACGGUGGCCAGGCGUCCAUCAACCGAGUUGAAAGCUCAAGACACGAAACCGACGAAACGACCAACGCCUAUGAAAGGCACGGAGCCAAUUGGAAACAGGAAAACGACGACGACAACGACGAGUACGAGAAAAUCGACGGAUGUCGUCGAUGGCACUAUUCUCGAGAAUGGUCUGCGUUUAGGAGACCAAACUGCCGAAACGAAAUACGAUAACGGCUCGUCCGCGACGAGGAAAGGCAACGCUUUUGUCAUCGACUUCGACGAGCAGCCGCCGAAGGAUAACGAUACUCCGCCACAGCGGAAACCGCUCUUGCGAAAGCACUCCGAGAAACAGAUCCUUUCCACGCAGUCAGGUCGACUUUCCUCGUCAGUUCCGUCCACCUCUAACGGCAGUUCGAUGCAGGGUCAGACAACCACUAUCAGAAGCAAACUGGCUACAAGAGCCAAGACACCAACUUCUGCUUCAGUAUCGCAGAGGGGAUCAACUUCUGGCAAAACUCCACCGUGUCCAGCCGCCGCCGAUAGUCUGGUUCCCUGCAAAAUAUGCGGCCGCCGUUUUGCACAGGACCGGGUGACCCUUCAUGAGCAAAUAUGUGCAAAGACAGCUCAAAAAGAGAGGAAAAAGUUCGAUACGACAGCGUUUCGAGUAAAGGGCACCGACAUCGAGCCAUUUUAUAAAAAGGGUCUUCUCAAAAAGCCGCUCGAGAGAUCGAAGAAACCGGAGGUGAAGACGAACUGGCGUCGUAAACAUGAAGACUUCAUCAAGGCCAUACGCUCGGCCAAGGAAGUGCAGGCGCAUCUGGCCGCGGGUGGGAAACUCAGCGACCUGCCCCCGCCGCCGGUCAGCGACAAUUGCGAUUACAUUCAGUGUCCCCAUUGCAAGAGGAGAUUCAACCAGGCCGCUGCCGAGCGUCACAUUCCCAAAUGCGAGCACAUGCUGCACAACAAGCCGAUACAUUCGCGGGCACCGAAACCAAGGCGCUAACCGACCAACCGAACGACCUUUCUUUUUCCUCUUCUUUAAACGUAAUUAAAUGCAUACAUGCUUCGAUCGGGAACAAGAUAAGUGAAAGUGCCUUUGUUAUAGGAAAGAGAAGCUUGAAAUAAAAAUCGUAAAAGAGAUCGUAAAGAAAAUAUAAAAUUUUUAUAUCGUACGAGAGGAUUGUAUAUCGUAAUGUAGUUUGCCCCCUUGUACAAAAAAUAAAAUUUUAACACGGA